UAUUUCAGGAUAUGGAAAUAUUGCUCCAGUCACAUUUCCGGGAAGGAUUUUCUGCAUUAUUUUUGCAAUAGUUGGAAUACCCUUUACCCUUAGUGUUAUAGCUGAUGUUGGAGCAUUGUUUGCAACCCUACUCAGUACUGUUUGGGAGAAAUAUAAGGAUAAGAUUCAACCAAUACUGGAUAAGUUUAUGAAAGAAAAAGAAGAUGAUGAUGAGAUGGGUAUGGGUGGGAAUAUGUACACGGCAGUACUAGCACUCGUCUUCCUCUUUAUCUUCCUCUCAUUUGGUGCCUUUCUCUUCACACUCUGGGAGGACUGGUCAUUCUUUGAUGCUUUUUAUUUUUGUUUCAUUACAAUGACAACAAUUGGGUUUGGAGACAUUGUCCCAGACAUUAAAAUUGGCGAGAAAACAGCGUACAUGCUGGUAUGUACAAUAUAUAUUCUGGUGGGCAUGGCCUUCACCACGACAAUUAUAGAGUUAGUCAGGAGACAGUAUGUUGAGAGCUGGAGGAAAAUGCAGGAAUUGAGAGCACAGAUUCAAGCACAGCUUAAACUAGCAGACACUCUUCGUAAACUAGGAGAACAUGCUGAUAAGAAUAAUCUUGAGCUGGAUGUGGAUAUAGCCGGGGACCUAGCUGCCUUGAAAGAUAACCUGGCUAAGUUUAAAAAGGGAAAGAUGAAAGGAUUGGAGGAUAUUGAUAUAAAUGAACUAGAUUGGGUGGAAAAGAAUCGAAAAGUUCGAGCUGUAACAAUCUUCAUUUACGAGACUUCACUUUAACAAAUUUGUUUUAAGACAAACGAGAAGAAGUAAAUAAGUUAAAAGAAUAACAUGGAUAUCCAUCACUUAGGUAUUCCUCAAAGAAGGAUAUCUAGUACCAAGAUAUUCUUUAAACAUGCAGAUAUCCAGUACAAAGUUAUUCCUCAAACAUGGAUAUUUAGUACAAAGGUAUUCCUGAACAUGGAUAUCCAGUAUAAAGGUAUUCCUGAACAUGGGUAUCUAGUGCAAAUGUAUUCAGAGAAAUGGAUAUCCUGUACAAAGGUAUUCAGAAACAUGGAUAUUUACUGCGAAAAUAUUCUUUAAGCAUGGAUAUUCAUUACAUAGAUAUUCUUUAAACAUGUAGAUAUUCAGUACAAAGGUAUUCCUCAAACAUGGCUAUCCAGUACAAAGGUAUUCAGAAGCAAAAAUAUCCAGAAAAAAUGUGUUCAGAAACAUGGAUAUCCAAUACAAAGGUAUUCCUCAAACAUGGAUAUCCAGUACACAGGUAUUCCAUAAACAUGGAUAUCCAGUACACAUUUAUUCCUCAAGCAUGGAUAUCCAGUACACAUUUAUUCCUAAAACAUGGAUAUCCAGUACAAAUGUAUUCCUCAAACAUGGAUAUCCAGUACAAAUGUAUUCAGAAGCAAGGAUAUGCAGAACAAUUGUAUUUAGAAUCAUGGAUAUCUAGUACACAGGUACUACUCAAACAUGGUGAUUCAGGACACAAAUAUUCGUUAAACAUGGAUAUCCAGUACAAAGGUAUUCUUUAAACAUUGAUGUCCAAUACAUUGAUAUUCAUAAAACAAGGAUAUUCAGAACAAAAAUAUUCCUUAAACAUGGAUACUAAUCACACAGAUAUUAUUUAAACAUGGAUAUCCAUUACAAAGAUAUUCCUUAAACAUGGAUACCCAAUACAAAGAUAUUCUUUAAACAUGGAUAUAUAAUAGAAAGAUAUUCCACAAACAUGAAUAUCCAGUACAAAAGUAUUCAUAAAACAUGGAUAUCCAGUAAAAAGUAUUUAAAAUCAUGGAUAUCUAGUACAAAGAUAUUUGUUAAACAUUUAUAUCCAGUACAUAAAUAUUUCCAAAACAUGGAUAUAAAAGUACAAAUAUAUUCUUCAAACUUGGAUAUUCAGUGCAAAUAUAUUUUUUAAAUAUGGAUAUUCAAUACAAUUUUAUACUUUAAACAUGGAUAUUAAGUACAAAGAUAUUCCUUAAACAUUUUAAUCCAGUACAUAGAUAUUUCUAAAACAUUGUUAUAAAAGUACAAAUAUAUUCAUCAAACUUGGAUAUUCAGUGCAAAUAUAUUUUUUAAAUAUGGAUAUUCAAUACAAUUAUAUACUUUAAACAUGGAUAUUUAGUACAAAGAUAUUCCUUAAACAUUUUAAUCCAGUACAUAGAUAUUUCUAAAAAAUGGAUAUCCAAGUACAAAGAUAUUCUUUAAACAUGGAUAGCACAAAGGUAUUCUUCAAACAUACAAAGAUAUUCCAUAAACAUUUAUAUCCAGUACAUAGAUAUUUCUAAUUCAUGGAUAUCAAAACACAAAGAUAUUCUUCAAGCAUGGAUAUUCAAUACAAAUCUAUUCUUAGAACAGGAAUAUUAGGUACAAAUAUAUUCUUUAAACAUGGAUAUUCAAUACAAAUAUAUACUUUAUACAUGGAUAUCCGAUACAAAUAUAUUUUUUAAACAUGGAUAUUCAAUAUAAAGAUAUUCUUUAAACAUUUAAAUGUAAUACAAAUAUACUUCAUACAUGGAUAUCCAAUACAAAUAUAUUCUUUAUGCAUGGAUAUCCAAUACA